GAAAUUAAAAUGUGGACGUUCGUUUUGCCGAGUAGAUACUACGCUACGCUAGAAAACAAAACACCAAUGCUUCUUGUGUCUUUGGCAAGAGCGUCUGCACGCAUAUUCUUGAUUUGGAAAUAUGAGAUAUGCUAAAGUCCGAAAAACCAUCUCGUAGAAGAUGGAACGGGAUUAGCUCGAAAACAAACUGACUGUCAGUCAAUUAAGUUACCAAUCAUGUCUACCAAGUCUGAGCAAGCUGUCUCUACAUGUAUCAUAGUAAUCAUGUCCAUAGAAGUCUUCCUUCCAUCUCAGUAUGGAGAGUCGAGAAACUAUUGUGAGAGUCUUUCAAAGUGUUCAACUUUUAUCUGAUCCCAAUAGGUACCAGUACCAGGAGCGAUCGUACUAUUGUGAGAAACUACUAUAACAGUACCAAGAUUUACCCAUGAAAGAUUAAUUUGGCAUGUCGAGAUAUGGGAUCCCACAAGGGGAAUCAAAGCAACGACAAAAACUGGAGGUGCAUCGUCUUCCUCUCCGUCUUCUCAAAAGUUAAAUUUUCUCCAACAUUCUGUUUCAAACGAGGCUAGAUGGAAGGUGUCAGAAAAAGAGACAUCCUUUCUAUUAAACGCUCGUUCCUGAGCCUUUCCAAUUAUAUUUGUCAAUUUAGAUUGUAUCUAUUCAUUUCAGACAUGCCCAGUUAAAUAUAUUUCCCCAAUUAAAAGCACAUGGGAUCGAUAACAAACAAAAGCAAAUAUGAUGGAUAUAGGAUUUCUGUGUACACCAUCGAUAAAGCACACAUGUGCAUAGGUUCACUUUACCAAUAAUACGUGACAUCGUAGAACUGUUUAUCAGAUGUGUCUUUUAGUUGAAAAACAAUUUUUUUUUUAGAAUAUCUUUAAAUGAAUACAUAAUCGAUUUUGGCUUCAUUCCAAUUGUAUGUUUUUACAUGCAAAAUUUAUUUAUGGUUCUAAACAUCAAAAUUUAUUUCAAUAUAUAGUUUUAUUAAAAAUAGUUUAUUUAACAAUAAUGACCACGGUUAGUAAACGCACCACAAAAGAUCUGUCAUUUUAUAUGGCAAUUAAUAUCAGGACAGGUAACGGUAACUGGGAACUUGGUACGCCGCAAUAUGCGAUGUGAUAAUUAUUGCCCGAAAUGUAGAGAGCCAGAAGAAUCUGUUACCCAUGCGAUCUUUGAAUGUCCACCGGCUGCACAAGUUUGGGCAUUAUCAUCAACACCAUCGAGCCCCCAAAUCUUUCCGGUACCAAGUAUCUAUGCUAAUAUGGAUUACCUCUUUUGGAGGAAGAAUAAUAUUAUGAAGCCAGAGGAUGAUAGAGAUCCUUUACUUGGAUAAUUUGGUAUAUCUGAAAAGCUAGGAAUGACAAAUUGUUUAGAGGCAUUGACUGAGACCCUUUGGAGCUCGUAAAGUAUGCGGAGAGUGAAUGCCAAGCUUGGUACAAUGCAAGAGAAACUACACAAGUCACUCCACUGAUACAUAUUGCUGAAGAUACACAGGCCUUAAGCUUGGGUAAUAUUUAUAUGGUGAAUGGUUCAUGGCUCUCCAAAGCUCAGUUUAGUGGAAUGGGAUGGGUUUGGAAGGAUAGCAGGGGAAAGGUUCAGCUCAUGGGAACAAGGAAUCUAAGGAGGUGUGAGACACCUUUACACUCGGAACUGGAAGUGCUACGUUGGGCAAUGGAGAGCAUGAUACAACACUCGACCUGCCAGAGAUUUGAGACAGAUUGCAAGGACCUGAUUGCAUUGAUAGAGCAGCCACAAGCUUGGCCCAACUUCUCAACUGAGCUGGAAAUCAUUCAAACUCUUCGGUUGUGUUUCUCGGACUUCAAGAUCAGUUAUUUUCCAAGGACACAAAAUGCGAUCGCGGAUUCGUUAGCUAGGAAUGCACAUUUUUUUCAUAGACCUUUAUGUUAUGUUGGUUGUUCUAUUCCGGUCUGGUUAGCCAGACCACCUCAAAUUUGAGUAAUAAAAUAAUCGUUUGUUGCAAAAAAAAAAACAAUAAUGACCACCAAAACAUAUUAAAACUACUAUUAAACAUCAUAUAUUUUUUUAUACAUAUAAUUAUUAUAAAUGAAAAAACAAUCUGCGGAUCUGAUUCUAGUUUUAUUUUAAGAUAGCAGACUUGAAUUAGGGUUUCAGAUAUAAAAAAGAGCAAGGAGGAUCAUGAGGUCAAAGGAAGGAGAUGGCACAGAAUCUCUUUCUCUUCCUGUGGACUUGAUAAUAGAGAUUCUUACGAAGCUGCCUCCGAGAUCUUUGUCAAGGCUCAUCUGCGUGUCAAAACUCUGGUUAUCUAUAAUCCACGGUAAAUAUUUCAACGACUUGUACCUUACUCGAUCUUCCACUCGGCCACGUCUUCUUCUCCAUCGCUACUGUCAUGAUACGCGGCGUUCUCACUAUUCUUCUCUCUCGAGUCGACUGUCUCUUGUUGAUAGUAUUACUCUUCCAGGGUGUCAAAUUUCUCCACCAGUCCGUGGCUUGAUUUGUUGUGUAGAUCAUGACUCGAGUAUUGUCGUGAUUGGCAAUCCUAGCACGGGCCAGUUCCUAACUCUAACUCAUGAUGCCAUAACUGACAAAAUCUUUUUUGGAUAUGAUCCGGUUAAUGAUCUAUAUAAAGUCCUUUCCAUGAAUUUCUUUCAUGAUAUAGAUGGAUCAGUGGUACUUGAAAAGUCUCAAGUUCUCACUUUAGGAGGAGCUCAAGAAUCAUGGAGAGUGAUCGAAUGUAAGUAUCCGUAUUACCCAGGAACACAAGGUAUAUGCCAUAAUGGGGUUGUUUAUUAUGGAGCGUGGUCUAACCUCACUGACAGAAGAUCUGUAGUAGUGGGCUUUGAUUUGAGAUAUGAAGAGUUCAGUCUUAUUACAUUACCUGAGGAUGUUCAAAUCGUAUCACGUUUUGAGUCUGAUUUGGUACGCUACAACGGAAAGAUAGCCUUAGUAAAUGUUUCACUGACCCGUAAAUUCGACCUAUGGGUUCUAAUGGAUGUCAAAAAACAUGAGUGGUCAAAAUAUUCUGUCGUUGCUCCUACUUGUGACUUCUUCCGUUGCAGGGGUACUAUUGAAACCGGAGAGCUAAUAUUUGAACAAUUAUAUUUUGGUGACCAGUUUUCAAUUCUCUAUUACGAUCCCAAACAAGACAAGGCUAGAAGAGUUGACCUCGAAAGAAGUGGAGAUACUACGUCUAGUGGUAGGAAAUUAUUCGUGGAUCACGUAGAGAGUCCUAUGUUUCUUCCAAGGAAGUUUAUCCAUUGAUGGCUAGUGAUGACCCAUUUUUUAUUUAUUUAUGAAAUUGUAUGCUUAUGGGUAUGCAAAUGCAAUGGCUUAAAGUGAAUUCUUGUUUUUUUUCCUGAAAAUUCAGUUUCCUUAUAUGAUCAGAUUUGCAGGAAACCAUAUAUUUGCGUUGUAUUAGUUCUCUUAUAAAAGAAAACAUUUCUCCAGUCAUUUGAUAUAUUCUUAUACUUUUCAUCUUUGUAUAGGGGAAAGAGCUUGCCUGCCCCUGGAUCUCAUGAAUCAAUCUCCCAAGGACCCGUUAUAAAACGUAGAUAUUUUUUUUUAUCUUUAUUUAAUUAGGAUAGUAUGUAAAAAACCAUUAAACCGUAGGAAAGUUCAGUUAUUUACGAGUUAUACCUAGUUGUACCGAAAUUCAAUCCGAUUUAAUUCAUACCGCGACCCAUAGAAAACCCAAACGAAAACCGAAAGAAACCCAUACCAAUUCCCCAUUCCGGGUUAAUGAAACCCUAAUUUUAAUUUCGGAUUCAACAAAAUCAAAUUGUAUUCCCGUUGAAAAAAAAUUCUC